UACCACGGAGGUUCUUGUCACGCGCUCCAGGCAGCAGAAACUUUUAGUGGUAUUGCUCUUUUCUAUUUUUGUGACAAAAAAAAUCCCUGUCUCAGCUACAUCCGGACGUAGAAGAAAUGAGUGAGACCUCUUCCACUUCAACUUUGAGAAGACAACAUUGCUAUCGCACACGAGCCCCCUCAUCCCAGGUGGAUGAGAACCUGUUUGGAAAGACCACACAGAGGUCAUCACAUUCGGCCUCGAAGGUAAAGGAUGUUCCAGUGCAGAAGCAGAUCGGCAAGACUAUCCAAAUAGUCACCAAAGACCUUGUACGCAAUCUCAGAGUCCCAUGCAGUGACCCCUCUGGACAGUCCAUCAUUCUGCCAUCAGCUGACUUUAAGCGGAUCACCUUCAGAUCCAAGGUUCUCUCCAAGGGGGAGAAGGAGGCCAUAAAGGAGACACACAAGAGUAGAAAAGAGAAUGAAAUGCGGGCAGCUGAAGAAAGGAAGCGGCAGAUGUUUGAGGCCGACAUGUGCCGUCAGGAGAGGCAGGCUGUGAGUGAGAUCGAACUGGAGGCUCACGAGCGAAGGCAGCAUCUGCUGGAGCGAGCCAAGGCCCUGAGAAUGGAGCAGGAGGAGGAGAUUCGAGAGCUCAACAAGGCGAUUCUUGGCGCUCAGUGUCAAGCCACACGAGAUGCCCAAAUCCAGGAGAAGAAGCAGAUUCAGAAGGAGAUGCUGGAGGAGGAGAGGCGCCUAGAUGCCAUGAUGGAAGCUGAACGCCGCAGGCUUCUGGAGAGGCUGGAGCAGAUUGAUGAAAUGCGUAAGCAUGAGAGGAUCAGUGGGAAACAACAAAUCUUUGAGCAGAUCCAGCAGCGUCUGGAAGACAAGCUGGUACAAGAGGAGCUCAAAGAGCAGGAGAAACAUCAGACCAGAGAGAAACAAGUCAAGAUGAACAUGGAGGAUCUCAUGUCCCUGCAGAACAAGAGGGAGGAACAGCAGCAUCUGCACCAGGAGGUCAUGCGCAUCAAUACUGAGACGUUGAGGGCACAGGAGCUGAGGAGGGAGGAGGAGAAGAUGGCGGACAUGAGAGAAAUGGAAUACAUCAGAAACAAAUUGCAACGUGAGGCCGAAUAUGAAGCGGAACAGAAGAGGAUGAAGAGGGAGAAGGAGUUGGAGAUCGCCAGGCUGAGAGCUCAGCAGGAGAGGGCGAAAGACCACAAGGCUGAUCAGGAUGAACUCCGUGCCAAAAGGAACCAGGAGAUUGCGGACAGAGAAUGGAGAAGGAAGGAGAAGGAGUUGGCUGCCAAGAAGGCUCAGGAGGAGGCCAUGCUUCGCGCUGCUCGCCUAGAGCAAGUCCAGCGUAAAGAGCAGCUCCUAUCCAUGGAGGCUGGCCGAGAGAAGGCUGAGUUUGAGAGGGUUCUAAAGGUUCAGCAAGAGGCGAGUGUCAGACAGAAGGAGGAGGACAAAAAGCAGCGUCAGAAAGCGCUGCGCCAUGCCGAGGUCAUCAGGCAGCAGGUGAAGGAGUUGGAGCAGGCCAACAUUGCCAAGCGCAAAGAGACAUUUAAGGAGGCGGAGAGACUGAGUGAGGAGGUCCGGCAGCGACGCAAGCGCAUCAGUGAAAUUAAACAGAAGAAGCUGAAGGAGCUCAAGGCAACGGGGCUCAGUGAGAAGUACUGCGGUGAAGUGGAGAGGAAAGCAUGGCUACUUUAAUUCAUCCAAAACAUACAUCUGGAGCCGAGUCUGUCUCUUGAUUUACCACUGUAUCAUCAUGUUUGCUUGUAAUCCAACAUUCUAAUUCCAAACCACAUUUCCAUACAGACUGGACAGAAGAUACUUGACCAUUUUUACGUUUUAUUUAGGCUAGUAGUUCCCUUUCAGUUAGGUCAUAUUAGGUCUUUUACUUUUUCAAUGGCAGAGCCCCUUUCGAGCCCCCUUAUGACAACAAAUAGGAAUUGAACUUAAGCAGGGUGACACUUUAUAUAUACACACACACACACACACACACACACACACGCACACACUUUGAGAGAUGUAAGGAAGUACAUCAAGGUAAAUACAGGCUCUUAUUGGACACCGUU